AUGAGUUCGGACGAAGAAACUGAACAAAUCUCAUCAUGGAAAGGUAUUCCUGCUACUUUGAUAUGUAUCAAUAUCUACGGACCUUGUAAAGCGUAUUCAGCGCAGGUGGCACACACAGCUACUUGUAGAAUGAUGCGUCAGUACUUGAGGAGAGCAAGUUCUCAACUUAUCGGUGUUUGCGUCUAUGGCACUGAAGGGUCCAACACUUCAGUCCUAAGCAUUCAAACUGUUGAAGAGAUAUUUCCACUAUCAUCACCAAGUGUAGAUGCUUAUAACAAACUCCGAAAAAUUGAUAUUUCUAAAUUAAAAGAAGCCAAAGAAAUGACACUAUCGGAUGUUCUUUGGUACUGUAAUAAAGCAUUUGCAAGUUGUAAAAAACAGCUUUCGACUCGCACUGUUAUAAUGCUGUCUCGGCUUGAUAUACCUCCAGUACCAACAGAUGUAAAACCUUCACUUAAACGAGUUGCUGACUUGGUUGAUUCAAAUAUACAAAUCAAUCUUAUCAACAUUUCCGAGUCUGAUUAUGAGGUAGAUCCUUAUUAUACUAACUUUUUAAUACAAGCAACCAAAGAAGAUGAAGUGAUUAUACCCAAACCCAUUUCAAAUCACACAGAAUUAGAACAGUUGAUGUAUAUGGAGUCACAUCGCAAUUUAGCUGUUGCUCGAUUAAGUUUUGAAAUUGGAAAAGAUUUUGCUAUUGGAGUGGGAGUAUAUAAUCUGUUAAAGAGCUAUGGAGAUACACAAAUGAAAAAAUCUGAUUUAGACAGUGAUACCAAUGCUGUACUUACAAGUGUGAAUAAAACAUUGAAAAGCAAAGUUGGAAAUAAUGAAGAAGAGAUGGAUGUUGAUGAACAAGAUAAAACUGAAUCAAGACCAGUACCAUUACUUCAAUCAGAAUUGCUUUAUAGUCUUCAGUAUGGUGAUGAAAACAUAGAAUUUACUGCUGAAGAAAAAAAGAUGCUUGGAAAUCCUUUUGGACCACCCACAUUGAAACUUCUUGGAUUCAAACCUAACAGUGUUAUGCGUAAAGAAAAAUGGUACUUGAAAUCAAAUUACUUUCUGUUUCCCAGUGAAAGUAUAAUAGAAGGUUCUGUUGUUGCAUUUAAAGCCCUACACCAAGCUUGCACAGAAAUGAAUAAAGUAGCAAUAUGCGUGUUAUGCACUAGAGUUAAUGCCAGACCUAUUAUUGUAGCUUUGUCUCCCACUUCAAGACCUUGUGGCCUAAAUGUGGAUUUAGGAUUUGAUGUCAUUCGUAUACCAUUUGUGGAAAAUGUACGAAAUAUACCAAUUAUUGAAGAUGAUGAUGAUGAUGAAAAAAUAUCAAAAACAGAUAAAGGUAUCAUGAAAGAUAUUUUAAACCAAUUAAAGUUUGAUUAUAAACCAGAUAUGUUCCAAAAUCCUAAAAGGCAAUCACUUUAUAAUGCCAUAGAAGCAAUUGCUUUAGAAGAUGAUGAUGUCGAGCCCUUUAUUGAUACAACAAAACCAGAUGCAAAGAGGUUUGAAGGACUCCAAGAUGAUUUAUUUUAUGAGGUGUUUGGUCCUUUUGCAAUCACCUCCAGACCUCUCAAAAAUCCAGCAUCAUCUAGUGGUGGGCCAGAAAGCAAAAAGGCAAAACUUUCUGUAAGUGUUGAUGAAGAGUUACUGAAGGAAAGGCUUGAGAAUAAUGCAAUUGAAAAUUAUACAGUUGCUCAAUUGAAAGACAUUUUGAGAUACAAAGAAAUACCCCACUUACCUGCUAUGACAGGAAUGCGAAAGGGGGAACUUGUCGAUUUAGUUUAUAAAUAUUGUUAA